AUGGGGCACAUCCUACGGAGUGGAGGUCAACUGAUCUCCCAAGUCGGACGACAAGCCACGUUUUCUCAGAAGCCAUCGAGACACCACCUUCUCUCGCCACUUUACACACACACUCCAUUCUUUUCAAGGAUCUCUGCGAGGUCUCUUACCACGAAAGCCACCGAGUAUCUCCCUUCCUCCAAUCCCGACUGGACCGAAUCUCAGAUCACCGUGCGUGAAUCUAUAGCCAAAAUUUGCUCCGACUUCCCCGACGAUUACUGGCUAAAGCUCGAUCAAUCCAAAGCUUUCCCAACCGAUUUCCAGCAGGCUCUUGCCAGAGAUGGCUGGUUGGGCAUCUGUCUGCCUACAGAAUUUGGCGGCGCGGCGCUGGGGAUCUCCGAAGCUGCGGUGAUGAUGCAGACUAUCUCAGAAUCCGGAGCGGGCAUGGGCGGCGCCAGUUCAGUGCAUAUGAAUAUCUUUGGACUUGAGCCGGUGGUAAAGUUUGGGAGUGAGGAGCAGAAAACGAGAUUCUUACCACCGUUGAUUGAAGGAAAGGAACGGGCUUGCUUUGGGGUCACUGAGCCGAAUAGCGGCCUUGAUACGCUCAAGUUGAGAUCGAUGGCGACGAAAGAUGGCGAUCAUUAUAUCUUGAAGGGUUCAAAGGUUUGGAUAUCUACCGCGCAGAAUGCGGAGAAGAUUCUUAUCCUUGUUAGAACCACGCCUGUGGAUAAGGUUGCCAAACCUUCGCUGGGGCUUUCGCUGUUCUAUACGGACCUGGAUAGAUCGCAGGUUGAAGUCACGGAAAUUCCGAAGAUGGGUCGUGCGGCCGUGGACACGAAUACUCUUUUCUUUGAAGACUGGAGGGUCCCUGCAGAGGAUAUGAUUGGCGAAGAGGACAAUGGCUUUAAGAUGAUCAUGCACGGUAUGAAUGCGGAGCGCAUUCUGAUUGCCGCCGAGGCGUUGGGCUUGGGAUACGCUGCUCUUAGAAGAGCAGCGGUGUAUGCGAGUGAGAGACAGGUGUUCGGUCGGCCCAUUGGAAAGAACCAAGGCAUUCAGCACCCUCUUGCGGACUCUUGGAUGCAGCUUGAAGCUGCGAGAUUGAUGGUAUAUCAGGCUGCGAGGCUGUACGACGCCGGCCACGCGACUGGCGAGUAUGCCAAUGCCGCCAAGUAUCUCGCUGCGGAAGCGGCGUUCCGGGCAUGUGAGCGGGCUGUUAUGUCCCACGGUGGAAUGGGAUAUGCCAAAGAAUACCAUGUUGAGAGAUAUCUAAGAGAAUCAUUUAUCCCACGCAUUGCGCCGGUCAGCAGGGAGAUGAUUCGAAAUUAUAUCGGCGAAAGGGUUUUGGGCCUCCCUAAAUCAUACUGA